AUGGUGCUUGGACCUAGCUCAUCAAGGCUGUUGAAGGCCAGUUCUGUAUUUGUAGACCAAGUUGAAGUGAGAGAUGAAAAUAAUAAAGGGGUUCUUUUGUAUGGGUUCUACGAGAAGCCUGAACUGAGCUUUGAAACGAAUUGGAGUGUAUCGAACUAUAUGAUUGUUGCAUCUUACAGUGAAAAGGGAUUUUCCUUGUGGUUGAACAAGGGUUCAAAGAUCCGACUGAGAUGGGAAGCUCGAACCAGUACUUUAAAUCAACUACAAUUGGUUAUGAUUAAAGGAGAACGAAAGUUUGAAACAUUGCCAAAAUUUACAAGUUCCCCUGAUACCCUCAACCUCAGCGAACCCUGGAGUGGUAAAGAAGCUGAAUACACGAUUGAGGAGAAUAAUAAGUUCUAUUUUGGUCUGAUAAACACCAAUCCUAAAAGCAUCAUAAUGACAUUGAGUGUAAAUGUUACAUCCAAGGUGCAUGAGCUAUCAAAAGCGAGGCACAUGUGUUCAACAACACAGGGAUCUUGCCGGCUUAAGCUUCUGUUUCCCAAAACUCAAUACGUUGUGGUAACAACACCUGAUAAUGGAGAAAUAAAUGGAUGGUUUAUUGAGGUAACUUUUGUGGCUCGCGCAAUAACUUACAUCGCCAUUUUUGGAGUUAUCAUUAUCAUUGUUUUCCUGAUAUUGAAAUAUCUUGGGGCUUGUGAUACCGAGAGCAGUAACCUAGGAGAAACAGCUGUGACGCAAGUCUCAGAAACUUCUGAAACUGAACCAAUAUUGCCAGAGAAACCAGUUCGUUUGAAUUAUGGAACAAAUGAAGAAGAUGAUGGAGGAUCAUCAAGUAGCUCUUCAGAGGACUUGUAUGAUGCGAAAUUAUGUGUAAUUUGUUAUGAUGAUCAACGGAACUGUUUUUUUGUUCCUUGUGGCCAUUGUGCCACAUGCUAUGACUGUGCUCAGAGGAUAAUGGAGGAGGAAAACAAGAUGUGUCCAAUAUGUAGAAGGCUUAUUCACAAAUUACCUUGUCAGCAUUCCAGUGAGCUGAAUCUCCUCUUCAGAAAUUAUGAUUCAAGUGGGUAUUUCACCUGUUCGUAUACUUUCUUCUUGGAGAAGUCUGCCAAUUAG